CAGCCCAUGCUUUGGGCUACCCAAAACCCAUAUGUCAUAAUGAAUAGCUGGAUUGCUUCCCAUCCACUAAUUCUCCCUUCUUAUCCCUUCGCACAUGCACAUUUUGAUCAACACCACCUAGCCUCACUGUCUUAUCGUCUUCUUCUUUCCUUCAAACUGAACACCAUAGCAGUUUCAAUAUGCAACAAAUGAUCCGUGAAGAGGUGGCAGGGAUGGCCCCAUCCAAACGUUUUUUGGCUCAUCAUGUAGAACUCGGUUAUCAACUCCAUCAGAACUCACCAUGGGGAAUCCGACAUGCAACAAGUGUUCAGCUCUUGUUUUAGAUAUUAAUUGUUGUGGACUUUGGGGUAAAUCAAUUGAAUUAAAAGAGUUUUUGUUUCAAGCUUGGUGGUUAUGGGUGCUUUUUGGUGGGUUUUCUGGAAGAGGAAUUUUUUUUUUAUAUAAUUGGUGAAGUUUGUUCACUGUUCUUGCCUAUCAAUACAACCUUAUUGGGUGUACCAUUUGAAUCAUUUUGUUUGUGCAUUUGUGAUUUUAUGUUGCUUUCUUUACUUAUUUUUUUCAUGUCAUUUACUAGAAUUUGGAAUGCUUCUGUUUUUCUCGUAAGUGGUUUGGAUUAAAAAAAACUAUGGCUAUGGUAUUUGAGCUGGAGGCUCAGCACGCAGUGUUUGGGUGAGUUUAACAUGGCGUUGAGGUGGCCACCUUGAAUCGGAAAAGGGAAGAUGCGGACAUAGGGAGAGUCCAUCCAUCUCGCUUUUGGUUCACAAUCUCAAGGGUGAGUUUAAGCAUGUUUUGUUUCCUUUUGUUUAAAGCAAUGACUUCGUCAACAACUACUACUUGGUGCCCAACUAUGCAAGAUCUCACCAAUUUGCUAUUCCCAAUUGUCUUUUGAAAUAUCAACAGUGCCAAUUGUGCCUCUACUGUUUCGAUAGGAUCUAUUGCUGUUAACAACUUCCUCAGUGUGGUGUAGUGUCAUAGAACUCUUGUCACAGAUUGCUUGAUUUGACAUUUUCUCAUUCCAUGUGACCGUGUCUUCUGGGUUUAAUGUGCAGACCUCUGGUUUCAGGUACCAAGAUUAUGGAUUCUUUGCAGAGCAAGCAGUACGAAGGAGAAUUUUUUGAAUGAAACUGUGACUAUUAUAGUAUAGUAGGAAAUCAAAGUGCAUUUACUUUGUUUUUCAUUCAAAAUCUUCAAAGUGGAUAACAAAGAAACAUAAUAAAUUAGUUUGAGGAGACAUCCAAUUAAAAAUUCUAAAAGAAGAUGCAAUAAACAAAGUGUUUACUCUUUCUUGUUUGUUACUAACAAAAAGAAAUUUGGGUUAAUAUGAGGUGAAUUUGUGUCAUGUUAUGAGAUUGCACAUUUUAUUUAUAAGAAAUUGUGGUUAUUGGUCCUGAAACUUGGAGUCUUGAUGAGACUAAAAAUGCUUUGAUUCUUCGUACAAUGCAUUUCCUGCACAGCUGCAAUGGCAGGAUCCAAGUGACCUUGACCAUCAUACCAUGUUGUGGAAAGAUGCCUAUUCUUCACAUUUGUUCCUCAACUGUAAGAAAAUUGAUCUUCUUGUGAAAUGAGUCACUGUCUGGGACGAUUCUCUAUCAGAUUAACCAUCUAGACUGGCCUCAACAACUCCUUCACUAGCAAAAUCUUUUCAAUAAAAGGACUCUGAACCAAUUCAGAAAGCCUUGUCCAAUGACUUUUGACUAUUGAAGCUAUUUAUGUUGUUGUGACUUUAUUAUAUGCUGUGACAAUUUUUCUUCGUUUACAAUUUUAACAUUAUCAGUAAGCACCUCUUGCUUGUUUUACAGAAAAUAAUGCAUAUCAGUUUUGAUUAGAACACAAAUGAAAUGAGUAUUUUGUUGCUUUCUAAGUUGAUAAAACCACUUGUUGGGACCGCACGGAUUGUCAUAAACAACCUCCACAUCAAGGGGGAUGUAUGCUAAUAAAUUUUCUCAUUAAUGCUUAUUCUUUUUUAUUUAAAAUUUUUUUAUGUAAAUUGAAGGCAACCAUCAUUCUAGUACUCCUGCUCUUGUGCAGAAGUUUUUCUUGUAUAAUUUUUAAAAUCUUUUAGUUUUGAAAAGUUUAUCCUCACCUUCUGGCUACUAUUCUUCCAUCAUUUUUAGUGACUUCAAUUCUAUAUAUUUCAUGAGAUCUUUGGUCUUUUUUUGCCACUGCCAUUUCUUUGAUUUGUCUGGGUUUAUUCCAAUUCUGACCAAGUGGAGGACUGAUUCCAGAUACGAAAUCAGCUCUCUUCACCCUCCUAGUGAAUUAAAAGCUUUAGCACAACUACCACUAUCUUUAUUUAAACCAAAAGAAACUACAAGAUACAAGAAUUCCCUCUAGCCAUAAUCCUUGUAGUUUUCCUGAAUACAUAAAAAGAAAAUUUUCCAUCCUCGUAGUUUUCCUAAAUAACUCUCUUUCGGUUCACUUAAGUUAUAUACACACUAGAUUCUUUCCAUUUUCAUUACUGUUAAUGUAAUAAGGAUACUAAAAAGUACUUGAUACUCACUGUGAUAGUAAGUACUGUAAAUUUAAAGUUUUAUGCUCCAAUUUCAAAAGUUUCCUGUUUCAGAUUUUAGCCAUUUGUUAAGUUCAGAAUUAUGUUGUUUGUUAGGCAUGCUUUACCAUAUAAUAUUUUUCUAGCAAUGCUUAUGUGCUAUCUUUGCAAGUUUAAUUGAUGUUUUCUUAUACUGUCCUACACAGCUUGUAUUGAUGCCAGUUCUGAAUGGAAAAAUGAUUUUUUAUGCAUUUGAAACAACUCCUGAGGUGAGGAUUGGAGUUGCAUUUGGAAGAGGUGGAAAAUAAACUCUAUCUGCAACAAAACUGCCUCGUGUUUCAUCCUGGCUGGUUCAAUUCUCUGCUAAUUUCUUGAGUUUGUGAAAUAUGACAUUUUCUUCCGCUUGAAAUGCCCUGUUUACUUGCAAUACAACUUAAUUUCUUCAACCAAACAUUCAAUUUUGUAUUUCCAUGAUGUAUUUUCUUGCUUGAUCAGGUUAAACUUUUCACUAAUACAUUAGAUAAGACAAUGGUUGAGCCACGCCACCAAUGUUACUCUCUGCCAUCAAUUAAUUUGAGGAAAAAAGCUGUUGGAGGGAUACUUUUUGUCACAAUCAUUUCAGCAAGUAUAUUGACUAGGAAUAACAUGAAAGGAAGCCCUUCUGGGAGACAAGAAAGCUCUCUCAUGGAUGCUACUUUGGAAGAGAAUAAUGAGAACAAAGUUCUGCAAAGAUUUAUAGAAGUUGAACUUGGAGAGUUAACCAGGAGAACGUAUGCAAGUCCAGGUUCAAGCCCUAGGUGGGACACGACAUUUAAUAUGGUUUUGCAUGGAGAUAUAGGGAGUCUUAAAUUUAAUCUUUACAAAAGCUCUCCUAUUUGUGUGAAGUAUGACUUUCUCACAAGUUCGAAAAUUAAGUUGAAAUAUGUUGAUGAUGACUCCACGAUAUUUUGGGCAGUAGGACAUGGAUCCAGUGAACUUGUUAAGCAUGCUGAGAGGAUUGGUGAAGAAGUGGAGAUGGUUGUUCCAUUUGAAGGUUUCAACUUUGGAGAGGUGAUAUGAUCACAACUAAAAUCCUCGUUUCCAAUUCAAUUGAUGGCCUGUGGUUGCACUUAUAGGGAAAAUGGGCAGCAAGUGACAUGAAUGCAGAACUGCAAAGAAGGAAGAGAUGGAUUAAUGAGUUUUCUCACUUUUUAUCUAUAAUGUUAAAUUCUAUUAACAACUUUCUCAAAAAUUGUAGUUCAUCUAGAAAGGUGAUCUGAAACAUUCUGUGUGAGGAAGACUCUAACCACUGAGCCCACAACUGACCCAUUCCAUUUGGAAAAAUGUCAUUCCCUGCCAAAAUAUCACUUUGUUGUUAAUAUAUCAACUUAAUUGAAUUUGCUAAGGUGUGUAUGUAUAUAUUUGAACUGGUUAUUAUUCAAGGCUAUUGGUUAA